UCUCUCUCUCUCUCUCUCGUGUUCUUUUGUUCUUCUUCGUCUCCUUUAUCUCACCCGCAUAUGUUUUUCGCAGUUUGGGCAUAAAUAAAUAAAUCAGUAAUCGUCGUUUGUUGUUUUUCGUUACUUUGAGAACCAGGAAAAUCGUGACUGUCUUUGAUUUGGUGUAUGGAUGGAUCCUUCUCGUGUUGCAACGCAGGAAAUGUAUAACCAGACACAAGAAACAAUGUACAACAAAAUAAAUGAGAAGGAUCAUCAGAAGAAACAAAGGGCACAACCCGAGCAAGCCCUAAAAUGCCCGAGGUGUGAAUCCACGAACACAAAGUUCUGUUACUACAACAACUACAGUCUCUCUCAGCCUCGUUACUUCUGCAAGUCUUGCCGGAGAUAUUGGACCAAAGGCGGAACCCUAAGGAACGUCCCUGUCGGCGGCGGCUGCCGGAAAACCAGACGAUCCCCGCCGCUGCCGCCGCCAGCUUCCUCCAAGAACGUGAUCAGGCCUUUGCCUAGUUUCCGUGACGAUCCCCUUACCAACCCCUUAACUACGGGCUUGCCAUCACUUUGCUACGACGACGCCACUGAUCUAAACGUUGUCUUCUCCAGGCUUCAACAAAAGCAGUCCUCGUUCGGACCGAGCGAGGUUUCUAUCUUUGGAAACUCCGCGGACCGACGCUGUGAUGUUUUCGGUAACCCCGCGGGCUUCUUCGGGGGACAGAAUUGUAAUUUCGGAGGCGGAUUGGGUUAUGGGUUCGUGACCGGCGCCGAUGAUGAACAUCAUAGUAGCAACGAAACAAGUUCUACUUCAAUGGCGAUGACAUUUGAGGAAAACAACACACAAGAGACUUCCAUAGGCGGAAACAACGAGAGCCCUAAUAAGGACAUCUUGCUGGGAUUUCCAUGGCAUUUGACCGGAGAAGUUCCCGGCGGCGGAUAAUCCGAGAUGGACGCCGGAAGACAAAGCUGGAAUGGGUUGAGCUCAUCAUCUUGGCACGGUUUACUCGACAAUCCCUUGAUCUAGAAGAUGAUUAAGAAGACAUAUACAUCUCUUUCAUAUGAAAAAAUGUAUUUUCACAAGCAUACUGCAAUGGGCGUGUUUGGUUUCUCUAGGGUUUUUUUAGCGUUCUUUAAUUAUCUCCCUAAUUUUCUUAUUAAUGCAAUUAUU